AGUACAAGUUCGAUUUUGUUGCAUUACGGACGCAUAAGAAAACAAUGGCAUUAUUUCUUAAUAACGCGCUACAACUUUUCCUUUUGGCUCUCUGUGCCUCAAUCACGUUAACGGUCUAUGCCUCGCCGCAGGUACGCAUUGUUGGCGGUGAAACGGUGGAUAUCGGCAGCGCACCGCAUUUAGUAUCCAUACGCUACAAGCGCAAUGCUUCGACACCCUUCAGUCACCGUUGUUCCGGCACAAUAUAUUCCGAGGAUAUCGUGCUGACCACAGCGCGUUGCGUCAUCGGCUUGGAGCGUCAACAAUUGUUAAUUGUAGCCGGCAGCAGUUAUCGUUCACAAAGUGACGGUUAUGUGGAUCUUGUCAAAUCAAUUGCAAUACAUCCGGAUUUCGAUAUUUGGUUUAUCGAUAACGAUUUGGCAUUGUUGCGCUUGGAAUUUCCGCUCASCAGCCAAAACGUGAAAGUGAUCAAUCCGAUCAAACUCGCCGAGCAAUUGCCCGCMGCUGGCAGCGCGGCUACAGUGGCUGGUUGGGGCGCAGCGGCCGAGUAUGCAGAGUUUGAGGAGCAAUUGCAAGAGGCCAAUGUGCGUAUAGUGGAUACUGCGCAGUGCAAAGAAGCUUAUGGCGCCGGGCGCAUUAGCGCGGCCAUGUUAUGCGCUGGUGGCGUAAGCKCAAAUGGCGUUGCCGUCGACGCAUGUCUGGGUGACGCGGGUAGCGCCCUCGUUUCAAACGGCACGGCUGUAGGUUUGGUAUCGUGGGGUAAUGGCUGUGGACGURUGGGUUACCCAGGAGUUUAUACAAAUUUGGUGCAUUUCAAUGAGUGGAUUAGCAGCGAAGCGAUUAUCGCCAUGCAGUGUAAAAACCACACUAUUGUGCUUUGGAUCUCGUUCACUURCUGCUUGGCGGUCGCUACAUCCUUAGGAAUACAACCCGCCAUCAUUGGCGGUCAUGAAGURAACAUCAUCAAGCAUCCCUWUCUGGUUUCCAUACGCUACCACUUGCCGGCCGAUGGUGCGUAUUGGCACAAAUGCGCUGGUGUUAUAAUCACGGAGAAGGCAGUGCUUACCGCCGCACAGUGUGUUCGUGAAAUCGAAACGGAUCGUGUUAUGAUCGUCGCUGGCGGCAAUCAGCGCCGUGGCGGUGUUGGCAAAGUAUAUCCAGCUACCAAGUGGAUCGAACAUCCGAACUUUUCUACACGUACUGCUGAUUACGACAUUGGUUUGAUAUUUGUGGAUUUGCCUUUCGAAUUGAACGCUAUCCACCCGACGUUGCGUACAAUUAAUAUACGUGGGCAAUGGCCUGCUGUAAACCGUUUGGCCACGGUGGUUGGUUGGGGUUAUCGUGARGAAUUUGGUCCGUCGUCCGAUAAUUUAGAAGAGACAAAAGUGCCAAUAGUCAGUCGCAMCCAGUGUGUUUCGAUCUAUGGUUCCGGUGAGGUCACCGCGCGUAUGAUUUGUGCAGGAUAUGUGAAGACCGGCGGUCAGGAUGUAUGCCAAGGCGAUACUGGCGGACCUUUGCUGUAUGAAGGACAAUUGGUGGGUUUAGUCUCGUGGGGCUAUGGUUGUGCGCGUCCCGGUUAUCCCAGUGUAUAUACCGAUGUGGCCAGUCUGAAGUCAUGGAUUGUAGAAGAACUGCAGAAAGCACAGUCAUAACGGAAUACUUACAUAAAAUGGGCAAUUGAAGGACAUAGGACAAAUACUAUUAUAAAAGCAGUCU